GUCAUCUCCAUGCCGCCGCCUCCACCUCCACCACCUCCUCCCGUACCUGCUAAUUUUGCAAAUCAGGUACCUAAAAUGACGGAGAGUAGAACGCAUUUAUUGAAUGAAAUACAUCGUGGAGCUCGUCUUAAAAAGACUGUUACGAAUGAUCGAUCUGCGCCAGUGAUUGCAGGAAAAACUGAAGAUAACAGACCGAAAAUAAAUGCUGUCCCUAAAGCUGCAACAAUAAAUGAGAGUCUUGGGGCCUUGUUUUCAACUGGCGUUCCUCGUAAACCAAGUGAUGUCAAAGGUCAAAAAUCGUCCGGUUUGAUUUCUACUCCAGUAUCAGAUAGUCGACCUGUCAUGGCAAAAAUUAAAUUUGUCAAUGAAAAGGAUGAUGUGCCUUCUGUCAAAUCUUCGAACAAUUGUCCUUCUCUAGCCGAUCUGAAAAGCAGGAACGCAUCGCAAGCAGUUUCUUCUGCUCCCUCUCUACCACCACCUCUUCCAGCAAAAGUUUUAAAGCAAAAUUCUGCUGCUGAACAACUUGAUCUACAAGUAUCCAGAGCGCCCAUUUCCCAGAAUGCACAGUUUCAGACUCUACGUCCUGCAAAAGCCCCACUAAUUUCUGCUAAUUCUGGUCUGCGUCGAAGCUUUGAGGUUUUGUUUGAAUCAUUAUUUCUUUGA